AUGGCAAACGAUCCUAGACUUUCUCGAAGUCGCACCGGACAUGCUAUCUCGGGACCUAACACUGACUCUGGCCCGCUGAGCCCAGCAACGAGCAAGAUAUUCGACCUCAUUCGAGAGCUCCACGCUGAGAAAGUUCGAGAGGCAUCAAACGUACACAAAGCCAUUGCCGAGAAAGACACUGCGGUCACAGAAGUUGAGCGACUUAAGAAGGAGACUUUGCAGCUGCGGCAGCAGCUCGAGUCUACAAACACCACUUUGCAGGACCAGGUGGCAUGGGACGAUAUACAGCCAGUCUUGCAUCAGACCCACGGAGAACUGAUCUCCGUUGCGAUUCGUUUCGGGAACUUGAUCGAUGGUCUUCAGAACAAACGACUGGCGUCCUUCUUGCCUGGCACCGAGGUGUUGCAUAGCGAUUGGGUCGCCCAGGCCGGUCCUUUUGGAGCCACGGACCCUAACGCGCUUCCCGGGUUCUCCGAAUCAAGCAAUCCGCCGCUGCUUGACCCACAAGCUCCAACCUCGACCAAUGGGUAUGGGCCAUUUGUUUAA